GUUAUAAACGCACAGGAAUUUCUCUGUGUGUCACGUUGACUUUCUCUGAGAAGAAAACGGUUUAUGUAUGAGAUUCGAGCAGCCUAAAUGAGUAUGAGUUCUGAGGCGCUAAAGGAGAAUCAGGGAGCUGUACGGAUGAACAGCACUUCUGAGGCCGCUUGUGACAUUUUCGCGUUGGACCAGCCGACUGGCAGGCCCUCUAUCCUGCGGCAGUCUCAGGCUGACAACAUCAGCAGGACUGUGCAUAGAGGAGCAAAGGUUUGUUUUCAAACUCCGCGGCGAGAUCCAGUCACAAAGAAGAUCAUGUCCCCAAGCCGCACUAGUAAGCCAUCCAGCCAAGAGGACAACAAUAAAGCACUGGAAACUCUCAUGGCCUCUAAUAACCAGAGCUUACUGUUGAAUAACCCUCCCACCACACUGAUUGAUAUGCAGAGUAACAGUGUUGUCUUCCCUGAUGAUGAUAUGCCUGUUCAGAGCAGAGGUGCCUAUAGCCUCGAUCUCGACAAUCUAGAUGCGAUCAACCCUUUCCAGGGGUCCAGUAAAAUGCAGAAUUCGCCUCCUAAAUCUUCUGCCUUCUCUGAUGUCCAAGGCUCCGAUCUUGAGUCCGAUACAACGGCAGCCCCCGUUUCUGACCCUCAGCCUGAGUUUCCAGAGGUGACUGACACUGCACUUGAUGAGACUCUUCCAUUUGUCCCAUCAGUGGAGAAUUCUCUUGCAGAAUGUUCUGCCAACAUAUCUUCAGCAGAGGGCACAGUCAUCAUCAAGACUGAGAACAUUGACAACAGUACCACAGAUGGGGAGGAGUCUGAUAUGACUGACCCAGCACCAGUGUCACAAGAGAUUCCUGUUUUGGAUGAUCAGCCUGAAGCCCUGGACUCAGCACAACCUCCUGUGGGAUCCUACAACUUGGAUUUUGACAAUCUUGACUUACUCAACCCAUUCCAAAGUGGUGGCUCAAAGAUCCCAAACUCUCCUCUAAUUGGCCAGGCAUCAGUAGUUUCCGAUCCACCCCUGCCAAGUCAAGAAGCUAAACAGGAACCAGAACUCUCAGUCCAAAUCCCGGAUGUCCCAACUUCUUCAGAUGCCUCUAUACCACCUCAGGAGAACUCCACUGCCACAGAUGGCUCCUCAUCUACAGUACCCCCUAAAGAGAACCAGAUGCUACUAGAGUUUAAUUUUGACGAUGGCACUGAAGUUAAGCGCAAACCUCCAAAACGUCUUGGGGCCAAAAGACCUGCAGGUGCAAAACCUGUGACCAAAAAAACAGUUGCACCCACCACAGAGAAGAGAGAACCAGAAUCCAACCAGUUGUCCCCUAAGAUUUCAGAAGAGACAGAAUCUGUGGAUGUUCCUCCACCUAAAGGUUCUUACACCUUUGAUUUUGUAUCAAACUUUAACCCCUUUGGCACAAAGGCUACGAUGAGUAACUCCCCACCACGUGGUGUCCAGUCUAGCCCGGUUUUGAAGGCACCAGCUCUAGUUAAGGAGCCUGAGGCCUUUGCACAGGAUGACCAGCCUGAAGCCCCUGCAGAGAAUGACCAGCCUGAAGCCCCUGCACAAGAUGACCAACCAGACCACAGUUCUCCCCCAGCAGUUUCUGAAGCCAACGAAACCAUUGCAGAAACUGACCUUCCUGUCACUAAGAGGCCUGCAGAAGAAGUGGAGUCAUUCACUGUGUCCAGCUGUAACAUACCCCAGAAUCCAGUGUUACAGAUGCCAGACCUCAUGGCAACACCAGAAUCUAAAGGGGAUCUACAGAACCAGACCUGUGAUCUUGGUGUGGUGGCACCAGGUGAAGAUGAGUUUGUGCCAGGAGCAUUGUGUGAGUAUACGGGAGAUUUUGGCGGGCAGAUUGACUAUCUGGAGCAGUUUGGAUCAAGCAUGUUUAAGGAGUCAGCCUUACGGAAGAAGCAGUCACUGUAUUUGAAGUUUGACCCACUGUUGAAGGAGAGUCCAAAGAAAACUGGAAUAGACAUUGGCAACUCUGGAUUCAGCAUGCCACGGCCUUCUCUUGCCAUCAGGAUGAUGGAGGCUGCAAAGUCUGAAGUAAAGCAGAAGUCUCACAGUGACAGUAUGAAGCUGUUGGAUGAUUUGCCUCCUCCAGCAGUGGAAACUGUGGCGCAAGAUCCAACUGUUCUAGACUUGCUGGUUCCCACUUUAAAACAGCCAAUGAAGACUGAGGACUCCAUCAUUGAGGUUUUGAAGUACAGCCAGAGAGACAUGGAUGCUGCAUUACAGAAAGCAGAGAGACAGGCGGAGGAACGGCAGCAAGUGCUUAAGACUCAGAUUGACACACUGCAGCUGGAGAACCAACACAUGCUGUUUAUAGUGUCAGAAUUUGAGGCCACCAUCACUCAAAUCACCGAUGAGCAUAAACAGAAGGAAGAUUUGGCCAAACUUGAGUUGGAGCGAGUCCUCCAGGAAAAAGACCAGUUGUCCAAAGAUUUGAAUGAGUUAGAGAGAUCCUUCUCUUCCGUUGUCAAACGCCUUGACAGAUGCAAGGAAGUCAUUGAGGGAUUCAAAAAGAAUGAGGAGACUCUGAAGCAGUAUGCGCAGAACUGCAUGGACAGACUGCAGAAAGAGGAAAAGCGUUACCAAGCUUUGAAGGCCCAUGCUGAGGAGAAACUAGACCAAGCGAAUAAGGCCAUAAAUGAGGUUCGUACUAAACAGGGUGCAGAAGUGGCAGCACUGCAGGUGCAGCUCAAAAGAGAACAGCUGAAAGUUCAGUCCCUAGAAAGGUCUUUUCUCUCCUUUCAGGCUAAAGAAGUCAAAGAUGUCACAGAACUGUGUGAUGAGCUGCUACUUAAAGUGCAAAAGCAUGAUCGAUACAGCUUCAUGAGACUUCUUUCACCACUAGUAGCAGAUAUCCUUAAGUGUUACUCUACUUGGAAACUCACAAGAUGUGAGAAGAUGGUGGUCUUUAUUUGA